CUGGGCCAGUCCUGGAGCCUCCAAGACGGCCGGCGAGACUCCCCGGAGCCACUUUGGCUCAAGCUAUUUUGACUCACGCCGAUCUGAUAGUUCGAUUGCUGAGCAAACCGAGCGUGUGGGGGGGAGGGUUACUUCAUGAGCUGCGAAUCUGGAGGCUCGCUGUCCAUUCUCACGUGGAAUGUUGCAGGCUGGGCGCCGACGUCUGCGCUCAUUGCCAGUCACUAUGGCGACCUCGCUGAGUAUUUGCAACGGCUGCAGUGCGACGUGCUCUGCAUUCAAGAGUCCAAGGUGCUCACAUCGCAGUUGACCUCCGCACCUCAGGACAGCCUUGGGGCACGGAGUGCCCCAGGCUGGCAGAGCUACUGGGCUUUCAAUCGGGGCAAGAGCAAAGGAUCCAAUGGGGUUGCGACGUUUGUGCGCGAUGGGCCCGCUAGUCUGUCGGUCCGGAGUGCCACACAAGACGUGCUCGGCGACAAGGAUUUGGACGACGAAGGUCGGUGCAUAUUGACUGAGCACGGGAAGGAUGGGGCCCUCUGUGUGAUUAACGCUUACGCGCCCGUUAGCAAAAUGCAUGACGACACGAAGGCGGGCGUCGCGUCUGCUGCUGCUGGUCGUAAGCUUCGUUUCCUCGUGGCCUUGCGUCGUCGGAUGGAUGCACUCCGGGCGGCUGGGCGUCGCGUUCUGCUUGUGGGUGAUCUCAACCUUACGUGGCGGCCAGAGGAUUGCCGGCUCGAGAGACGCCUUCUUUAUGUGGAUGGGGAUGGGAAAGUUAUCAACGGCCCUGUGGAUCUCCAGACGCGCUCCGAAGACUCAGAGGAUGCAGCACAGCAGAAACUGGAAGAUCUUGCGGGGACUUGGUCUAGCGUUCAUCAGCUGAGCUCGAAAUUGGGUGUGCCUGCUGCAUCUUUUCAGGGCUGUGGCAAGUCUUAUCAUUGUGUGAACGAGCCAGAAGCUGCUGAAUGGUUGAAGGACUUGGUAUCUGGGUCUUGGGUCGAUGUCUUCGCAGAGGUUCAUGGCGCAGCUGCGGAUCGGUUCACGUGCUGGAGCCAGCAGACUAACAUGCGUUAUUCUAAUUCUGGUGCGCGGCUAGACUACGCUAUCAUUGACCGCCGUUCUUGGGAGGAGGGCUGGGUAGUGCGAAGUUCUUCAGAAUUACUUCCAGGCGGCUCAGAGGAUUGCAGUGCUUUACAGGCUCAGGCUGCACUCAAUGCAGCAACGCACUUUGGGCAAUGGCACGCCAGCGCCACCAAGGGAAAUGCGAGGGGCGAUGGCCUCAGUCUCCAGCGCGAUGACAUGCGCUUGAACGACAGCCAGUUUCCAAAGCAGCGGCACACCGGGCUGAUCUACACACCACCUGCAUAUUCCGAUCACAUUCCCGUGUGCAUCCUGCUCGACCCGAGGGCGUGCGCAGCACUGGAAGGCGGAGCGGGUGGCGCCGCGGAUUCAGGAGCGCCAAGGCAGGCGCUCUGUACAAGCACGGAGACCCGUACCUGCCAGCCGUGGCUGAAGCAGCAAUCGAUCUCGUCGUUCUUCGGCGCCAAGAAGCAGAAGGUGAGUUGACGACGUUUGCCAGCCGUUGUCGUCCUGGUGUGGCGACUUCGAGGUACCGCUGCUAAACACAGAAUUAGCCUGGCGAAGGACCUAGCCACAUGCAGUUGUGAGUACCCUCGUUGUAUAUACCGGUCGGCGGAUUCAAAGGUGACGUUCGCAAUGUUGCCAGUCUUAUCUCAUACUCCCCCCCUGCACGGGGGGUCUUACACUUCUGUAAACCAUGUUUACAGGGUACUUCGAUGUAUCUGUAGAUUCGCUCUCGGCUUCCCCACCGCCGCAACUGUUCUGAGUGGUGAGUGGUGACAUGCACUGCCAUAAGCAAUGCCAUACGCAAUGCCUAACCAACUUAC